AUGUCGAACAACAGCGGAGCUACCGACAAGGCCAAGGACUUUGGCGAGGAAACAAAGCAGGCCGGCCGUGAGCUUGGUCAGGAGGCCAGUGAGUUUGCUCAAGAGGCAGGCCAGACUGCGAAGAGGUACGGCAACCAGGCAGGCCAGACCGCGAAGGAGUUUGGUCAGGAAGCCAAGGAAGAUGCAAAGGAGGCUGGCCGCAAGGUAGAGCGAGAGGCCAAGGAUGCAGCAGACACCGUUGUUGCGAAGCUCAAGGAGGAUGGCGUCGUCAAUCCAGCAGGCCUCGCACUCUUCGGUUUCGGCGGUCUGUUCCUCGCUGCAGUACCAGUAACCAGCUGGAUCGCCCAGAACGGCGGUCUGGUCGAGAAGGCAGUCAACGGCGUUAUCAGCACCGUUGGCUUCCUUGGCUCCGCCGGAACCACCUCCACCAUCCCACAGACUGGCAAGAUCGCAGCACUCGCAGGUCUCUACGUCACUGUCACCUACGCUCUGACUGGCGCAGGCAGCGCUGCAGCAAAGGCCGCUGGUAACGAGAAGGGACUGGACAACAGGUACCCACGAAAGCAGGUCGCCAACCUCCAGGGUCUUCCUCUGCGUCUGUACUCGGCACACUCUAACCUGAUGGAAAUGUUCCCAGGGUGGGCCGUUACUGCUGCGUUGGCACAGGUCAUGGCUCCAGGUGACCAGACUUUGAUCAACUUGCUUGGUCUGCACGUCAUCAGCAAGUGCUUCAUCUUCUACCCAGCAUACGUCUUCAACGUCGAUGCCCCACGCACUCUUGCUCACGUCAUCGCGACCUCCAGCAUCAUCAACGUUGCCAUGAGGCUCGCCAAGAAGCCAUUGGUCUAA